GUGUGUGUGUGUGUGUGUGUGUGUGUGUGUGUGUGUGUGUUUACACAGACGGGAAUACUGAGCCAAAGGAAGUGCGCCGGUUCUCCGUCUGCGCGUCCUGACUUCCUGCUCUGAGUUGGACAGAAAGGAGCUGCGGACCGCUCUCAGACAGCAGCAGCAUGGAGCCCCUCACACACACGCCGCUGUAGACUCACACACACAUCCCAGACGGACAGAGGUGCGGCGGCCGUCCACAGCAGGAUCGCCAGUCUCUCCUCCGUCAUGGAGAGCUCCAUCACUCUCUGGCAGUUUCUGCUGCAGCUGCUCAUCGACCAGAGCCACCAACAUCUGAUCUGCUGGACGUCCAGCGACGGAGAGUUCAAGCUGCUGAGGGCAGAGGAGGUGGCCAAGCUGUGGGGGCUGCGCAAGAGCAAGACCAACAUGAACUAUGACAAGCUGAGCCGAGCCCUGCGCUACUACUACGACAAAAACAUUAUAAAGAAGGUGAUCGGCCAGAAGUUUGUCUACAAGUUUGUGUCCUUCCCUGAGAUCCUGAAGAUGGACCCUGCAGCGGUGGAUCAGGCCACAGUGAGGGAGGGGGGGGGGGGGCUGUCAGAGCCUGAGGCUGAAGACGAGGAUGGGGGUGGGAGGAACCAGUACCACCUCUCAAGUCUGUACUCCUCCUUCCCCGUCAGCUCCCUGCAGCCCCCCUUAGAACCUCAUCGUCCCAUCAAGACAGAACCCAGAGCCGAUCGCCAUCGCGACAACUCCUCUGUCAUCAGAUUCGUAACAAACCGUGGCCACUCCUCCCUACCCCCCACCCCACCCCCAUCCUCAACUGAGACCUUGGAUUUCUCCAGACCAUCUCCUCGGCUGGCCCGCUCCUCCUCCUGCUGCUCCUCCCCGCCACAGAGCCCCGCCCACACACAGUGGAAGGGGCGGAGCUCAGAGACUGAUGAGUUAGAGCUGACUGCUCAGCCUCUGAACCUGUCCUCUGGGCAGAGGGAGAGAGUGAGGUCGCAUGGUGCACCAAUGCCAGAGAGGAGUAGAUUGGCCAAUAGACGAAAACACAAAGGCUUGGAAAUCUCUGCCUCCUCUCUCCUGCUGACAGGAAGUGACCUCGUCUCUAUUGCUCUCAACAGCCCGGCGCUGCCUUCAGGCUCCCUGACCUCUGCCUUCCUUACCACACAGGCUCCAUCUGGUCUGCUGCUCACUUCUAGUUCUCUACUCUCCAAUAUCCAUUUCUGGUCAAGCCUGAGCCCAAUGGGACCCCUCAGCCCUGCACAACUACAGAGCCAUGCCCCCCUCUUUCAGUUCCCCUCACUGCUGAAUGGACACAUCCCUCUGCCUUUACCCAGCGUGGACUCUCCCUCUCCUCUGCAGCUCUCCUACAUUUCCCAUCAGUCCUGAUACCAGCUGGAGCUAGGAGAGUGAAUUGGGCCUCAUCCAACGUCAGCAGCCUGAGAUGCACUUCCCUCACUGAUGAUACACAAGCUUUACCUGGAAGCUUUUCUCCCUCACAAGAGUAUUUGUAUUAGACAUUUCAUUGUGUGCAGUGUGUACACUACAUUUGUGUUUUUUCAUGCAAAGACAUUUACCAGAGGUCAGACCUCAUCUAAUUGUAUGCCUCAUCUCAUUGUACUUGGUUUGAACUUCAGUGAUACAGGCUGGUUGCAAUUGAACCAGUUAACCCUAUUUCUCCCCAUGCCCUGCCUAAUAUCAAUAUCCUCACCAAUGCCCUAAAGAAAAGAAAGAUAGGUGGAACUUUAUUGAUUCAACUCAGUUUUCCACUCUGUUUUUUAUACACGCACAUGCAUUUUUUUGUUAUACAGUUACAUACAAAUACACACAGUUAUAUUCGUCAAGUCCCUACAGACUGAACCACUGCCGCCCAACAGAGGUCGAAGGGAUCUAUAUAAUCUACAGACCCUAGUACAUCUUCCUAGGAACAUAAAUGGACUUCAUGUUUUCCUUAUCAUUUAUUGUUUGAUGCCGCUGUUCAGUUUGAAGGCUUAAUAUGAAGUGACAGCCAGGUUUGGAUAGAUAUGCUUAGCAAAGGAAAGGGCACAGAACAGGAAAUAGUCUGGUUUAUUCAGUCCAAAUGUUGCAAAAUCUAAAGACAGCAGCCUAGAAUUAACUCAUUAACAUCUACAGUGGAGGAAAUAAGUAUUUGAUCCCCUGCAGAUUUUGUAAGUUUACACUUAGUCUGUCAUUUAAAGGUAGGUUUAUAUAAACAGUGAGAGUAAGAAUAUCAAAAAGAAAAUCCAGAAAUUGACAUUAUAUAAAAGAUACACAUGUAUUUGCAUUUAACUGUGAAAUAAGUAUUUGAUCCCCUUGCAGAACAUGUGUUAGUACUUGGUGAGAAACCCUUGUUGGACACACAGAGGUCAGACGCUUCUUGUAGUUGAUCUCCAGGUUUGUGAAUAUCUCAGGAAGGAUGUUGGUCCACUCCUCUCUGAAGAUCCUCUCCAAAUCCUUCAGGUUUUCAGGCUGAUGCUUGGCAUCUGGAAGCUUCAGCUCCCUCCACAGAUGUUCUAUGGGAUUAAGGUCUGGAGACUGGCUAGGCCCCUCCCUCACCUCAAUGUGCUUCUUCUUUAGCCACUCCUGUGUUGCCUUGGCCGUAUGUUCAGGGUCAUUGUCCUGCUGGAAGACCCCUCCGUGACCCAUGUUCAGUGUCCUGGCUGAGGGAAGGAGGCUAUCGGCCAAGAUGUUACGGUACAUGGCCCCGUCCAUCCUCUCCUCGAUGCAGGUCGUCCUGUCCCCUUAGCAGAGAAACACCCCCAAAGCAGAAUGUUUCCACCUCCAUGCCUGACGGGGGGGGGAUGGUGUUCUGGGGGUUAUAGUCAGCAUCUCUCUUCCUCCAAACACGGCGUGUCCAGUUCAUGCCAAAGAUCUCGACGUUGGUCUCAUCUGAACACAUCCUCUUCUACCAAGCCUCCUCUGAAUCAUUCAGAUGUUCGUUGUCAAACUUCAGACGGGCCUCUCAUGUUCUUCUUGAGCAGGGGGGGGGGGGGCCUUCAGGGGCUGCAGGAUUUGAUCCAUUAUGGUGUAGCUUGUUCCCAAUAGUUUUCUAGGUGACUGUGGUCCCAGCUGCCUUGAGAUCAUGAACAAGUUCCUCCUGUGUAGUUCUGGCUGAUCCCAGACCUUUCUCAUGAGCACCAAUACCCCACGGGGCCAGAUCGUGUGUGGAGCCCCAGACCGAGGGCGACUGAUGCUCAUUUUGUCUUUCUUCCAUUUCUGAAUAAUGGCACCAACAGUUGUCUCCUCCUCACCAAGCUGCUUUCUGGUGGUCUUGUAGCCAGUCCCAGCCUGGUGCAGGUCUACAGUCUGGUCCCUGAGGUCCUUAGACAGCUCUUUGGUCUUGUCCAUGGUGGAGAGUGGAAUCUGAUUGAUUGAUUCUGUGGACAGGUGUCUUUUAUACAGGUAACAAGUUGAUAUUAGGAGUACUUUCUUAAAGGAAGAGGACUCAUGUAACCGGUCUGUGGGAGCCAGAAUCCUUGUUUGUUGCAAGGGGAUCAAAUACUUAUUUCCCACAGUUAAAUGCAAAUACAUUUUUAUCUUUUAUAUAAUAUCAAUUUCUGGAUUUUCUUUUUGAUAUUCUGACUCUCACUGUUUAUAUAAACCUACCAUUACAAUUAUAGACUGUUCAUUUAAUUGUAAGUGGGCAAACUUACAAAAUCUGCAGGGGAUCAAAUACUUAUUUCCUCCACUGUAUGUCAAGAUGUUCAAACAACAAUUUGUAGUUUUAUAAGUGACUGAAUGUUGUUCAGUCACUUGUUGCACCCCCCCGGCCAAGCAAUAGACAAAUGAUCUCUGUCAAUCUGUUCAUUUUUAUUUGAUCAUACAGUUGAAUCCAGAUGGUGUUUGAAUGCGAUGAAUUCACAUGCCUGUGACCUACCAAAUAUGUACAGUUUUGGAUUUAACAGAGCCCCAGCCAGCGCUGAACGCUCUGAAGUCUUCAUUUUGUUUCUGUAUUGCUUUGACUUGAUGCUGUGAACCUGUUUUUAUCAUACUUGUUUCAUGCAAUGAACUGUUCAGCCUUGUACCAGCUGUGCCUUCAAUAGUGUGUGACAUGUAAAUGUACAGUAUUAAGCUUUACACCAGGUUGUAAAACAUUCCAGGUUAAAAUGCACAAAAGCUGUUUUUUCUUAAAUGGAUCCUGGUUAUUUUUAUAGAGUAAUUAAGAGAAAUGUAUUUGCUUUUGAUUUGUCUAUUAAACUGUCAAUGUUUUGGAAUAAAUGGAAUUACUUUUCAGAAUAACUAUAUUCAUUAUAAUUGUUAAUGCACACACAACUGCUGCAUAGUCUGUAUUUGAAUAAUAUAUAUUCACUGUAAAAUAUUACCAUGAUUUCACAAUAUUUAGCUGUAAUAUUUGACAAUAAAUUAGUUUUACCACUUUACAGUCUUUACCUGUAAUGUUCACAAUAUAAUACUGUCAUUUUGAAUUUCACAGUGAAAUCAAUGCAGGCAGUUCAUUACUGUGAAUGUACAGGAUAAAUGAUUACCAGGAUUUCACAACAUGUUACUGUAUUAUUUCACAGUAAAAUACUGUAUUCAGACCAUCCUCUGUGAUAACACAACAAAUUAAGUGAUUUGCUUUUGUCGCUCUUGCUUGGCUUUAAAUACUAAUUUCUGUCUUUGGUGCAGGUCUUUAAUUAAAUUGAAAGGGGCACCGCUGCAUGUGUCUUAAAAUAAACGAUGCAACAUAUAAAUCUAUGUCAAAUUGAAA